AGAGCACUCUCGAAAUAGUUGCAUUCGCCUUUCAUGUUGUUGACCUACAUCAGGCUCACUGGGGGAAAAUCAGUGCCAGCAUGUAACGCAAAACACGACUAGCGGGGACUACAAGCAAGACAUGGAGAGUUAAGGUCAAAGAGUUGUCUCCUUUGUAGCAAGGCGGACAAUGUCCUGCACGUGGCGCGACUGCACGGACAACGGCGGCGAGAAGAUCAAGGUUGAGUGUUUUGAUGGCCUUCUGUUCCCGCCAAAACCCAUCGACGUCACGUCCGAGAAACAGUGUCACGAUAUCCGGGACUUGGAGGUCAGAGAGGACGAUGUCUUCGUACUGUCCUACCCCAAAUCAGGGACUCACUGGACGUGGGAGGUGACACAGAUGCUUGUAGCUGAAACAUCCGAGUACCGCAAAGAAAGAAUGCCAGUUUUUGUUCUGGAUAUAACGUCCAAGGCGGACCUGGACGCUAUGACGUCUCCCAGGGUGUUCGCGACUCACUUCCGCUUCCGGUACUUCCCACAACAGGUGCUCAAGAAGGGAAACAAAGUUGUCAUGGUUCACAGGAAUCCUAAGGACGUCGCCGUGUCAACUUAUGGGAUGUACACGGGGACAAAGAGCAUGGCCAUGUACGACGGCAAGUGGGACGACUACUUCGACAUGUGGUUGAGCGGGGACGUGCCCUACAACUCAUGGUUCGACUUUGAGCUGGAGUGGCAGAAGGAGUUGGGAGAACACCCAGAGAUGAACGUGCAUCACGUGCAUUAUGAAAAAAUGAAGAAGGACCCCGUCGAGUGUGUUAAAGGCAUAGCCUCGUUCCUGGGUCGUGACGUCAGUGACGAGACAUGCGCGGACAUCGCAGAAGCUUGUGGGUUCCAGAAGCUCCGCCAAGCGUACAGCGACUUCAAGGGCGAUAAGUUGAAGGGGGCCUGGAAGGACGGCACGGGGAUUUUCAGAAAAGGCGAGGUCGGGGACUGGAAGAACUGGUUCACGGUGUCCCAGAGUGAGAGGCUAGACCAGGAAUUCACGGAUAGGAUGGGAGCCAGUAGGUGGACGUAUAGCUUCACCAUGUGACCCCUCUCUAUCAGCUGUGUAUGAAGAACGGGGAGUCAGCAUCAAUGACCGGUCCCCCAUCCCUAACAGUUGUGAAUUGCGGGUUGAUGACUGUACAAGGUGUAUUGAGUCGUGGUCAGAUGCUUGUAGUCAAGGGACGCUUUUGCCUUGUUAGAGUUGUCUAGUCAAGACAUGUAAUCGGAACAGUUUCUCAGUAAUAUCACUACGUUUUCCACAAUGGGGAAUCCACGAGCACGGUUAUAUUUGUGCCCCCCCCCCCCCC